UCCGGCGGGCCGGCGACGAGCAUGGCAGGUGACGGUGCCAAGUGCUCCGACGAGGUGAACGACGGCACCUACUUCAUGGCCGGCGUGAUGGCCGUGACCGGCCUCAUGGCGACCGUCCUGGCGCUCUCCGGCAUCUUCCAUUGCGCGCUUCGACGCGUUGGGCAGCCAAGCAUAAUCUCGCACAUCCUGUGCAGGCCGGCGUGGUGGUCGGGCCGACGGUGCUCGGCCGCGCCGUGGACCUGCGUCCUCUGGGCAUGCAGGACGCCGGCAGCGCGCUCAGCGACACCAUCUACUUCGUCCGCAUCAUCUUCAUGUUCUUCAUCGGCCUGGAGAUGGACCUCCGGUACCUCCGCCACCACCUGCGCCGCUCCCUCGCCAUCGCCUGCGGCGGCUCGGGGCUCUGCCUCCUGCUCGCCGCCCUCGCGGGGCCCUUCUUCUACGGCCUCCUCCACCCCGGCCAGGGCCCCUUCAAGCCCGAGAAGCUCUACGCCUCCACCGCGCUCUUCAUGCUCGUCCUCACCACCACCGCCUCCCCGGUCCUCAUCCGCAUCGUCACCGAGCUCAAGCUCACCGGCUCCGAGGCCGGCCAGCUCGCCAUCGGCGCCGCCUUCGCCAACGACAUGGCUAGCCUCUCCGUCUUCAGCAUCAUGGUCGUCGGCACCACCGCCUACGGCCCCGACGGCCAGCCCACCCCAUCCUUCCCGGACAUGUCCAUCGUCAUGUCCAUGGCCUUCACGGCGUGCCUGGCGGUGCUCGCGGCCGCCAGGGCCGCCAGGCUGCUCAACAGGCUCAAGCGCGGCCGCCGCUACGUCAGCAAGUACGAGCUCUGCGCCAUGCUCCUGCUCAUCAUCGCCCUCUCGCUGCUCGAGCAGGUGUUCGGCUACAGCGCCUCCAUGACCGCCUUCCUCAUCGGCCUCGCCAUGCCGCGCGACGGGCCCACGGCGCGCACGCUCGUCGACCGCCUCACCUAUCCCGUGCACCAGCUCGUCAUGCCGCUCUGCUUCGGGGCCAUCGGCGCAAGGCUCGACUUCGCCGCCGUCGGCAGCUUCACAGCCAUGCAGUUCGCCGUCGCCGUCGCCUUCACGACGCUGCUCGGCGCAGUCGGGAAGGUGGGCGGCACGGUGCUCGCGGGCCGCAUGCUGGGCAUCUCGGCGAGGGAGUCGCUGGUGCUGGGCUUCCUGCUCAACGUCAAGGGCUACUGUGACAUCCUCGCCAUCAACUUCGGCAACCAGGCCGGCAUCUGGGGCCAGACGGCGCAGGUGGUGCUGCUCCUCUCCUCCAUCCUCAACACCUUCAUGGCAGGCCCGGCUGCCGCGGCCAUCGUCCGACAGCAGCGCGCCGCCUCCCGAUACCGGUCGCGCUGCCUUCAGGACCUCAAGGUCGACCACGAGCUCCGCGUGCUGGUCUGCGUCCACGGCGCCGGGGGCGUCCACACCAUGCUGACGCUCGCGGAGCUUUCCAAGGGCACCGCGCCGCUGGCCGUCUACCUCCUCCACCUGGUGGAGCUUAUGGCCGCGCGCAAGUACGCCAUCACCCAUCUGUACCAUGACGCCGACGCCGACGACGACGAGUGGGGUUAUGCCCGCGAGAUCGAGCAGGUGGCCGCGGCGGUGAACACCUUCACCUACGACGCCGGCGUGCCGGUGCGGCAGAUGACCGCCAUCUCCAGCCUGGGGUCCAUGGACGCAGACGUGCGCAACGGCGUGGAGGACUCGCGCGCGUCGCUGGUGAUCGUGCCCUUCCACAAGGAGCAGCGGUACGACGGGCGCAUGGUGUGCCGGCGAGAGGGGAGGCGGCAGCUGAACCAGCGGAUCCUGCAGCGCUUGCCCUGCACUGUCGGGGUCCUGGUGGAACGGCGCCUCGGCGGGGGCGGCGACAAGGGCGCGGAAGACGUGGUGAAGAACCAGGUGGUGGCGGUGUUCCUGGGCGGGCCGGACGACAGGGAGGCGGUAGCGUACGCGACGCGGCUGGCGGCGCACCCGUGGGUGAGCGUGACGGUGGUGAGAUUCCUUCCAGCGCGACAGGAUGAUAUUACCAUUGGCAUUGAUGAACAAUUAUUAGCCACCACCAAGAGCCAUGGCGGUGAGGGCGCCAUGGAGGUGGCGGUGGAGGACGAGGAGGCGAUGGCGGAUGAGGAGUUCAUGGCGGACGUGUACGCGAGGCUGGUGUUGGCGGGACAGGUGGAGUACACGGAGAGGUACGUGAGCAACGGCGCGGAGAUGGUGAAUUCGUUGAGCGCCAUGGUGGGGACGUACUCGCUGUUCGUGGUGGGGAAGGGCGGCGGCGGCUCGGCGGCGGCGGCCAUGACGAGCGGCAUGGGAGGGCUACUGGAGGACGAGUGUCCGGAGCUGGGCCCCGUCGGGGAGGUGCUGGCCUCCGACGACUUCACGGCCUGCGGCUCCGUGCUGGUGCUUCAGCAGCACAGCGCGCAUGUGCAUCGCAGGAUGAGGAGGUGGAAUCCCAACAUUCACAUCACCACCACACCCUCGUCGUCCGAUCAUCAUAGCCACCCACCCUAGCUAUAUACUACUUCAUCUCCGACGACAACAUCAUCCAUGGCGCCAUGCAUAGAACAAAUUAAUUAAGAGGAGUACGUGUGGCACGCAAUGGCUAGCUGGUUGGACUGGAUCGACCUAGCUAGAACGGGGCCGGGUUGACAUUGCACCGAUCGAUCGAUCGAUGAUCUGCAUCUAAUUGCCAUGGGAAAUUCAGUUGGUUUUAGGGUAAAAAUCAUAUGCACCCGUGUCACGCAUAUACGCCAUGACCCCAUGUGUGGGGAUAGAUGAGUGAGUAUAUGUACCGAUCGAAAUAAACAGACUCGAUUUUGAGGUUGGAAUGUUUUUUUUAAUAAAGUACGUGGGCAGUCUGUGUUA